AUGAGCGUGAUUCUGGAAACGACCGAGGGCAACAUCACCAUCGAUCUGUACACAGAGGAGUGCCACAACACUUGCUUCAACUUUUUGAAAUUGUGCAAAGUGAAGUACUACAACAACUGCCUCUUCUUUAAUGUUCAACAGAAUUUCAUUGCUCAAACCGGUGAUCCGACGGGUACAGGGAAGGGAGGAACUUCAAUCUAUGGAAUUCUUGAAGGAAGCGAGAAGCGCUUCUUUGCGGACGAAAUCAACCGAACGCUCAAGCACACGAAAAUAGGAACCGUUGCAAUGGCAAACAAGCGAGAAAACCUGAACGGGUCGCAAUUCUACAUCACCCUUCGUGACAAUAUCAAUUAUCUCGACAAAAAACACACCAUUUUUGGCCAAGUGACCGAAGGCCUUGAGGUCCUCGAAAAAAUCAAUGAGGCGUUCUGCAAUGAAAAGUUCCGACCCUACGUCGACAUCCGCAUUCUCCACACACACAUUCUCUAUGAUCCGUUCGACGAUCCGGCGGGACUCCAAAUUCCGGACGCAUCUCCGCAACGCGCGGUUCCAGAGGAAGAGGUGGUUCCCCGCGGUCUGACAAAGAGCGAGGUGGAGGAAUAUUCGCACGGAAAGACCGCGGAACAGAUGGAGGCGGAGCAAAAGCGCCGCGAAGCGCAGACGAACGCGCAGAUCCUGGAAAUGCUUGGCGACCUUCCCGACGCGGAUGUGAAGCCUCCGGAGAACGUACUGUUCGUUUGCCAGCUCAAUCCGAUCACCGAAGACGAAGACCUGAAGACGAUUUUCUAUCGCUUUGGCGUGAAAAGCUGCGAGAUUAUUCGCGACCACGAAACAGGGAAUAGUCUGGGGUACGCGUUCAUCGAAUUCGAAUCGAACGAGGCUGCGGAGGACGCUUACGUGAAAAUGAACAACGUGCUGAUCGAUGAUCGCAGGAUCAAGGUGGACUUCAGCCAGUCCGUCGCGAAGCUGUGGAAUCGACGCAGAAGAGGAGAACGCAUGACGCAGUAUCGAGAGGAGAGGAGUCAGGACAGGCAGCGAUCGAGGAGGGAGAACCGAGCGAAUUCAAGGUCGCGAUCGAGGAGUCGAAGCGAAAGUGGAAGUGGAAGCCGAGGCAGAAGCAGAAGCAGAAGCAGAAGCCGAUCUCGAAGUCGGACACAUCGCCAUCAUCGUCAUCAUCGCGAUCAUUCGAGAAGAAGAAGAUAAGGACGAAGGAAUGUAGAAAAAGAGUGCUAC